AUGAACGUUAAGGUCGCAAAGGAUGCCCUCGAAAAGGCCAGAAAGGCAGAGUUGGUUCAAAAGCAAAUCCAGGAGCACUUGCAAAAAAUAAACUUCACGAAGAAUGUAUUUGAGUCUACAACGCCACUCGGAGGGAAAAAGUUGGUAUUUGAUAGUUUGGGGAGAAUCUUGGACGAAGCAGGGAACGUAGUGAAGAGCACACCAGUAAUCCAUUCGACGCUGAAGGUAAACAGGAACCUGGUGGCGGAAAAACAGAAAAAGGAAAUACAACUGGAAAAGUCAGAAAAAAUAGCAAAGAAAGUUCAACAAUCGCAAUACGUGGACCCGAGUUUGAACAAUUUAAGGAGGAAGAGGAAAAAGUUGUUCAACUUUGUUGAGCCAGGUACAUAUAUAAAACAGGAAAGGCAGUUGUUGAGACAGAUGGAAGAAAGAGCAUCAGGAAUAAAUAAAAGUAGUUUGAUCAUACAGAAGAAGAGAUUGCUGGAACAGCAAAACAAGAGGCUAAGCACACUGAACAAUAGACUUGAAAACAAGGAUACAUGGGACGACGAUGAGCCCUUUGUUGAGUGGUGGGACAGAGGAGUUAUCGUGUUGAAGAGCGGAGAGGACCCAUUUAAGCUUCAAAACUUAAAAAAACACCAGUACAUAACAAACAUAGAUUUAAACGACUUGAAAAUCAACGAGGAUAAAUUUAAUCACUAUAUUGAACACCCAGUGAAACUAGACGGAAAGCGUAAAAAGGGAACAGCACAGCCGCUGAUACAGUUGACGAAAAAGGAGAGGAAAAAGUUUAAAAGACUGAGAAAGCAGGAAAAACAAAGGAUCAUUAGAGAUAAGAUAACAAUAGGAAUGAUACCGCCGCCUCCGCCGAAGCUGAAGCUGUCGAACCUGAUUAACGUUUUAAAGAAUCAGUCAGCAGCAGACCCGUCGAAGGUGGAACAGCAAGUCAAACACCAAAUGGAGCAGCGUCUGAAGGCUCACGAGCAACGUAACGAGGAGAGGAAGCUGACGAAGGAACAGAGGUCGAAAAAGAAAGCACAAAAGUGGCAGAUUAAAAAGAAUGCUGAGGCUGAAGCUGCACUGUUUACCAUCAACUCGCUCUCAAACUUCAAGCUGAUCAAGAAGAUUGAUACGAACGCACAGCAGUUUCACCUGAGCGGCACGUGCAUAAUAAUGAACAACGGCCCAGCGUUCCUAAUAAUCGAAGGAAGUAAGCUGAGCAUCAGAAGGUACACGAAGCUGCUUCUGAGGAGAAUCAAGUGGACUGAGUACAUCCUCGAGGGCGACCUUGACGCAAGCCAGAACAGCUGCAAGCAGGUCUGGGUCGGAAACGUCAAGAAGCGGAGCUUUCCGCACUGGACUGUCAACUACGUGGACUGCGACGAGCAGAUAGAGGACAUUUUGAAGCCUUUCAAGGCUCUACACUACUUCGAAAUGGUGCAGAAGUAUCGCGACCCUCUGGAAGAUGUGUAG